CCUCUUUUCUAAUAUCCGGUUCACGCAAUUGGUUUGUUUAGAGAUUUUCUCUUGCAAUUUGCACAGAAAUAAGGCGUAUAUCACAGCUUUUGCAAAAAACUAGUGUCUGAGACAACAUGGCGCCCCGUAAGGCAAAAGUACAAAAAGAGGAAGUACAAGUCCAGCUUGGCCCACAGGUACGCGACGGCGAGAUCGUCUUUGGCGUUGCUCACAUCUAUGCCAGCUUCAACGACACGUUCGUGCACGUCACUGACUUAUCCGGCCGUGAGACAAUCGCCCGCGUCACUGGCGGCAUGAAAGUCAAAGCCGACCGUGAUGAGGCAUCGCCCUAUGCAGCUAUGUUGGCAGCUCAGGAUGUCGCCGAGAAGUGUAAGCUACUUGGUAUUACGGCCCUGCACAUUAAGUUGCGUGCGACCGGUGGAAACAAGACAAAAACCCCUGGACCCGGUGCUCAAUCGGCGCUGCGCGCUCUCGCACGUUCAUCAAUGAAAAUCGGUCGCAUCGAGGAUGUGACGCCUAUCCCAUCGGACUCAACACGCAGGAAGGGCGGUCGUCGCGGUCGCCGUCUGUAAAGCAAUCAGGUGUUUGUGUUGUGGAUGCUGCAACCCUCACUCGUCAACGCCGAACUCUAUAUGAAACAAAUAAAACAAAAGCGCUAACUCUUACAUAUAUUAAAAA